AUGGAAGGAUCCAGCGGGUCGAGUUUUGGGAUAGACACUAUUUUAUCCGGCGCUUCUAACUCUGGCAACCCCGUGCUCAUGAACGGAGAUUUUCGCCUCGGCGACAGCAGGACAGCGGAUUUCAGGAGCCAGGCAACCCCGUCGCCAUGCUCGGAGAUAGACACUGUGGGAACGGCCCCCUCGUCCCCCAUCUCGGUCACCAUGGAGCACGGCGCCGAUGCGCAUCUGGUCCAGGACAGCCUUCAGCAUCACCACCAUCACCACAACCAGCCGCAGAGUUUGCCGCUGUCGCCUCAGCAGCAGCAGCAGCAGCAGCCGCAGCAGCAGCAGCCGCUCGGCGGGGCCGGCUGCGCCCCGAGGACUGCCACCUCCUCGUUUCUAAUCAAAGACAUUUUAGGCGACAGUAAACCGCUGGCAGCCUGCGCACCUUACAGCACCAGUGUAUCCUCACCGCAUCACACGCCAAAACCAGAAAGUGCCACGGCUCCGGACGGCUUCAGGCCCAAGUUGGAACAAGACGAGAACAGGAGCAAGUUGGACAAAAGAGACGACAUUCAGAGUGAAAUGAAAUGCAACGGGACUAAAGAAGAAGGUGACCGGGAAAUCUCCAGUAGCAGAGACAGUCCACCGGUGCGCACGAAAAAACCUCGCAAAGCACGGACAGCCUUUACCGACCACCAGCUCAACCAGCUGGAGAGGAGCUUUGAGCGACAAAAAUACCUCAGCGUGCAGGACCGCAUGGACCUGGCAGCGGCUCUCAACCUGACAGACACACAAGUCAAGACCUGGUACCAAAACAGACGGACGAAGUGGAAGAGGCAAACGGCGGUGGGAUUAGAGCUGCUGGCUGAAGCAGGAAACUACUCGGCCUUACAGAGAAUGUUCCCGUCGCCCUACUUCUACCACCCGAGCCUGCUGGGCACCGUGGACAGCACGACGGCAGCCGCGGCCGCCGCAGCCAUGUACAGCAGUAUGUACCGGACUCCUUCCACGCCGCACCCGAGCCUCCAGAGACCUCUAGUCCCCAGGGUGCUCAUUCAUGGCCUUGGGCCGGGGGGGCAGCCGGCUCUAAACCCCCUGUCCAACCCGAUGCCCGGCACGCCGCACCCGCGAUAG